AGAGAGAGAGAGAGAGAGAGAGAGAGAGAGAGAGAGAGAGAGAGAGAGAGAGAGAGAUGCUAUACCUCAUGUGCAACUUCAAUUUCUAAAUGUGACUGUUUCAAAGAUGAAUAUGAGUUCAGUUUCCAAGUAUGACUCCAGUCUCCGAGGGUGAUGUCAGAGGGCACAGAGUGCGACUUCAGUCUGCGAGGCUCCAGGAGACUCCAGUUACAUGCACGGGCAUCGCAGAAUCCACCUUGGAAUGCCGCGCUCCAGCCUGAGACGCGAAUCCAAGGCAGGAGAGAACACUUGGGCAUCACCUCGGGAUUUCAGCGUCCAUUCAGCCCUGAAAAAUAUGCCCGAAUGCGAGCCUUGUUUCCGCCAUCACUUCAGGCCAUCAAGCUUGACAUCUGGGAGAGUCUGAAGCGUCUUCCUCUCCAGCCUCUGAAGCCACAUUUCAGGUCGAGUUUACGCUCUUGCCUGGAAUCCUGAAGUCUGACAAGCUGCAUCCCUUCUGCUCCCUAACGCCUCUGCAGUCACCCUCGAGGAGGAUAGUCAUCCCAGAGUGCAUGUAGAGUAUUACUCCUUCACUCGAGCUGAAAUGUCAUAUUCGAUCCUGAGACGUCACACUUAAAGAGGUCGUAGCCCCACUGAUGCAGGCCGUGCCCGCCUGCCGAACUGCAUUUAUUGUUUCAGUCAGUUAUAUGCAUAUAUAUAUAUAUAU